AUGGAUUCCAGUGAAUUUUCGGGAUCUUUGGACCCCCUGUCCUUGCCUGACAAACCGCUUAUUGGUGAUCUCCCUGCUGACAUGGAGUUUGGGGAAGAUCUCCUGGGCUCCCAAACAGCUUCUACCCAGGAAGUUUCAGUUCUUCAGCCCCCUGACUGGGAUCAAUCCAAGCAGAUGACUGCAGAUGGGGACUUGGACCUUCUAGUGAAAGCAGACAGCCUGUCUGAACUAAACAAAUCAAAUGACCUCGUUCUAGAUAAACCUAGUGUCUUGGAUAUGCUGGAGAAACCUGAUGUCUUAGAUGACUUGGAUAAAACUGCUGACUUGAUGGAGCUAGAUAAAUCAGAGGGUCUGGAUGGGCUGUAUAAGGCACAUCCUUCCCAGGAUGUGGAGGAUGGACCGGCAGACUCCUCUGCCCUCUCUAGAGAAGCCCUUGUUCCAGAAACAUGGAAAGAAGGGGAAGAUGCACCAAAAAAUGAUUCUGGGGACCUAAAGGAAGAUGGUGCUGCUGCUAUUUCUGCACUGUCUGAUGACAACACCCCUGAGUCACCCCAACAGCCUGUUCCUGACUCUGGGGACCUCAGCAGUGCCCCAGCCACAGAAGAAAUCACAGCACAAUCCUCAAGUCCACCAAUGGCGCACCCCCAACUCAGUCUUAAACAGACAAAGAAGACAAGGUUGAAGGCACCAAGGAAAAGCUCACCCAUGCAGAGGGAAGGGCUGGCAGGGGAAGCAGAGGUGGAACUGAGCCCAGACAACAGUACUGCAGCUUUGCCUCCUGGGCCCAUGGAGGAAAACCAGGCAGAGGAAGGGGAUGAUAGUGGAAACAACUUGCUUAAAGAAAGUAGUGUACUGAAAGCACAGGAAGCCUCACCACCAGCAGGAGAAGGUCUGUCUGGGAAGGGAAGCGAGCUGCCAACUGAGAAGGAGCAGAAAAGAAGUGAAAGAGCCAGAAGAUCAGAAACUGCCAGGCCUGAAACUGUGAACUCCUCUGAGAGCAUUCCAGUCUCUGACGAAGAUUCUGAUGCAAUGGUGGAUGAUCCCAACGAUGAGGAUUUUGUUCCUUUUCGUACCCGACGCUCAACUCGCAUGUCUUUACGCACUCAGAUGGCUCAGCGAGCUGCCCGCUCUACUGUCACCAAGAUGACUUGUGCCAACUGCCGGACCCCACUGCAGAAGGGCCAAACUGCCUACCAGCGUAAAGGGCUCCCUCAGCUUUUCUGCUCCAGCUCCUGUCUCACCACCUUCUCAAAAAAACCACCUGGCAAGAAGAUAUGCACCUUCUGUAAAAAGGAGAUCUGGAACACCAAGGACUCUGUGGUUGCCCAGAUCGGUUCAGGUGGCUCUUUCCAUGAAUUCUGCACCUCUGUCUGCCUCUCUCUCUAUGAGGCCCAGCAGCACAGACCAGCACCUCAGUCCGCAGAUGCCUCGGACACCAGCCGCUGCAGUGUCUGCCACAAACCUGGCGAGAUCCAGCAUGAGGUCAGCAAUGGGAACGUGGUUCACCGCAUUUGCAGUGAUGCCUGCUUCACCAAGUUCCGGGCCACCAAGGGGCUGAAAACUAACUGCUGUGACAACUGUGGACUUUACAUCUACAACAAGGGCUUGCCCCUGGAGUACCUCUUCCAUGAAGGCCAGCAAAAACGCUUCUGCAACUCUGCCUGUCUCAACAGUUACAAGAAGAAGAACACUCGGGUCUACCCAUGCAUGUGGUGCAAGACAUUGUGCAAGAACUUCGACAUGCUGCCCAACGUGGAUCGCAGUGGCAAGAUGGGCCUGUUCUGCUCCAUUUGCUGCACUACCUCCCACAAAGUGAAGCAGUCAGGCUUGGUUGGUCCCCCUAGACCCUGCAGCUUCUGCAGAAAGAGUUUAUCUGAACCCUGCUAUUACAACAAGACAGACCGGGUUGUCUACCAGUUCUGCAGCCCCAGCUGCUGGACCAAAUUCCAGCGAACCAGCCCGGAAGGUGGGAUCCACCUCAACUGCCAUUAUUGCCACAAUCUUUUCAGCGGGAAGCCGGAGAUCCUAGACUGGCAGGACAAGGUGUAUCAGUUCUGCUGCAAGGACUGCUGCGAGGACUUCAAGCGGCUGCGUGGGGUGGUGUCUCAGUGUGAGCACUGCAAGCAGGAGAAGCUGCUGCAUGAGAAGAUUCGCUUCUCUGGAGUGGAGAAGAACUUCUGCAGCGAAGGGUGUGUGCUUCUUUACAAACAGGAUUUCACCAAGAACCUGGGCCUGUGCUGCAUCACCUGCACCUACUGUUCUCAGACCUGCCAGCGGGCGGUCACCGAGCAGCUGGAGGGCAGCACCUGGGACUUCUGUAGUGAAGACUGCAAAAGCAAAUACUUGCUCUGGUACUUCAAGGCAGCUCGGUGCCAUGCCUGCAAGCGUCAGGGGAAGCUGCUGGAAACCAUCCACUGGCGGGGGCAAAUCAAACACUUCUGCAACCAGCAGUGUCUGCUGCGAUUUUACAAUCAACAGAACCAGCCCAACCUGGACACGCAGAAGGGGUACAGUCAAACUUCAGAGCCAAAACCACCUGCCCCUUCCCCACAGAAGGCAGAGACUAACAUGCUGUCAGCAAAGACCUCCUCAGCCCAGAUGUCUCCAGCCGCGCCACCUCCCCUGACCCCUCCGGUUCCAGCCACCCCUCGGAAAAACAAAGCUGCCAUGUGUAAACCACUGAUGCAGAACCGGGGUGUUUCCUGCAAGAUAGAAAUGAAGUCCAAAGGAUGUCAGACAGAGGCUGACUGGAAGCCCCAGGUGAUUGUGUUGCCAAUCCCCGUCCCGAUCUUCGUGCCUGUGCCUAUGCAUAUGUACUGCCAGAAAGUACCUGUGCCUUUCUCCAUGCCUGUCCCGGUGCCUGUGCCAAUGUUCCUGCCCACCACACUGGAGAGCACAGAUAAGAUUGUGGAGACCAUUGAGGAGCUGAAGGUGAAGAUCCCCUCCAAUCCCCUGGAGGCUGACAUCCUGGCCAUGGCUGAGAUGAUUGCAGAGGCUGAGGAACUGGACAAGGCCUCCUCAGACCUGUGUGACCUGGUGAGUAACCAGAGUGCAGAGGGUCUCCUGGAGGACUGUGAUCUGUUUGGACCGGCACGGGACGAUGUGUUGGCUAUGGCUGUCAAGAUGGCAAAUGUCCUUGAUGAGCCGGGCCAGGACCUGGAGGCCGACUUCCCUAAGAACCCUCUAGACAUCAACCCCAGUGUGGACUUCCUCUUUGACUGUGGGCUGGUGGGACCAGAUGAUGUGUCCACAGAGCAAGAACUGCCUCGUGCUGUCCGAAAGGGGCAGAAGCGUCUGGUGCUCUCUGAAAGCUGUUCCCGGGACUCAAUCAGCAGCCAGCCCAGCUGCACAGUGCUGAACUACUCAUAUGGUGUGAAUGCCUGGAAGUCUUGGGUGCAAGCCAAGUAUGCAGGGGGAGAGACCAGCAAGGGAGAGGAGCUACGCUUUGGCCCCAAGCCCAUGAGGAUCAAGGAAGACAUCUUGGCCUGCACAGCAGCUGAGCUCAACUAUGGCCUGGCCCAGUUUGUCAAGGAGAUAACACGGCCCAAUGGGGAGCGCUAUGAACCGGACAGCAUCUAUUAUCUCUGCCUUGGCAUCCAGCAGUACCUGCUCGAGAACAAUCGUAUGGUGAAUAUAUUUACAGACCUGUACUACCUGACCUUCGUGCAGGAGCUGAACAAGUCCCUGAAUGGCUGGCAACCCACAAUCUUACCAAAUAACACAGUUUUCUCGCGUGUUGAGGAGGAGCACCUCUGGGAGUGCAAGCAGCUGGGCGUUUACUCACCCUUUGUGCUCCUCAACACUCUCAUGUUCUUCAACACCAAGUUCUUCGGGCUGCAGACAGCAGAGGAGCACAUGCAGCUCUCCUUCACCAACGUGGUGCGCCAGUCCCGCAAGUGCACCACAGCCCGUGGCAUGACAAAGGUUGUGAGCAUCCGCUACUACGCUCCUGCCAAGCAGAAGAAAGGUCGAGAUGGCAGCUCUGGAAAGCGGAAGCGUGAGGAGGAGGUACCGAUGCUGGAGCAGCGGGAGAACAGGAUGAACCCGCUCCGAUGCCCAGUCAAAUUCUAUGAGUUUUAUCUCUCCAAAUGCCCUGAGAGUCUGCGGAACCGCAACGAUGUCUUCUACCUGCAGCCUGAACGGUCGUGCAUUGCCGAGUCCCCACUCUGGUACUCAGUCAUCCCCAUGGACCGGAGCAUGCUGGAGAGCAUGCUGAACCUCAUUCUGGCCGUGAGGGAGAUCUACGAGGAGCACAGUCGGCUCAGCAGCCUGGAGGAUGACAUGGACUAAGCGUGAGGUGCUGCUGGGCUGGCUGCGCUCCAGCCCUGGAUGCCUCAUCUCCCUGCCUCCUGCUGCAGGGCAGGGGCCGUGCAGCAUGGGAGGGGACAGUGCUGCAGCAGUGCUGUCCAUUCAUUGUUACUGGACUUGGACAUCCCAUCCUGCUCGU